UGUAACUUUUCAUCUUUUAUUAAUAUCUAUUUCAUUUAUCAAAGCAAACACUUUUUCAUGGUUUUGUUUACAGCCCCAUUUUCCAAAUAACAACUUAUAUAUAUGUUUCAUUGGUUAGUUUCAAUUAAAGUGAAAUAAUGUUUCCCUACAUCUUUUAAUGGAAUGAUCCAGAUUGAAAGUCCGGCGAAUCCAUUCAGCGUGUUUAAUGUUAACGGCUAAGAAUCACCAGAGACUUUGGUCAAUAUUAUUGAUCAGAUCCUUCAGAGGUUAUGGCCUAUACAUAGUCGUCAAACAAUUACCGUACUGUCAAUUUUUGAAAGACCCAAUUAAAUAUUAAUCAUUUAACGAUAUUUAUCAUGAGCAUUGAAUUCAGAUCGGACAACUUACACUGUCAUAAAAUUGGCAUUUUGUAAGUUAUUUAACUUCUAAUAUUUCUUUUCAGUUAAAACUUAUCCUCGACAUUAUACAAGAAGUCCGUUAAUUGCUACAAUAAUAUCUUUCAGAUAUUUAUAUAGCCCCUAUUCACAUUUCUGACCAUAAGAACAAGGAUAACAUUCUGACUCUUGUAACGGACAUAUUUGUUUACCUGUAGCUUAUAUUUUUGUGUACAUUUACAUUUAUGUGACUAAAAUUAGUGGAAUCGUGGGGCUUGACAGAACGAGAACUCGCGAGAGUCAGGGGAGAGAACCUAGAUUGGAUUCUCGAAGUACAGUUGAUAGUGCAGAACUAUAUUUGGCUACUUUUGAGUUAAUUGUAUCUCGACAAAAUAUCCACCCAUUGAUAUAUGGCCUGCACCUGUUGAGGAAAACUGUUGUUUACACAGACGUAUGGACAAUGUAUCAUGGAAGAAGACGGUUGAGUAGACUUUGCAACGUGAUAGCCACGUUAUUGUUCUGUUUAAUUUUCUUAUUGGUUUUAAAACGUAUGUGCAUUAUAGCAUUUUCAUAUUACCCAAAGCCACCAUCUGAACCUAAAAAUAGAAAUCAAAAAGACUAUGUGGUUACGUACGGAGCCAGUUACUUGAAACCAGCUUCUCUAAAAACUAUAGUCGUUUGGACGCGUUAUUUCGGAGAAUGGGGAUGGGAGAUUAUAGCAGAAAAUUCAAUGAAAAGCUGUCCGUCCAAAUGUUUGUACACACGAGAUAAAAACCUAGUAGAGAAUGCGAACGCGGUGUUAUUUAAUGCCAAUGAUUUGUGGAAAUAUCGAACUUUAAUUGGCACGCUUUAUGAAUUCCCUAUAUCAAUGCCUAAUGUGAGAACACCGAACCAAGUCUGGAUCUUACUGAGUAUUGAACCAAUGAAUACAAUGCGUGUUUCUAUGAACCAGUAUGGAUUUAACUGGACGACAUUAUACAGGAGGGAAUCCACCGUAUACUACCCAUUCACAAACCGGUUUAAAAUGUCUCCAGAUGAAAUAAAUAAGAGUGAAACGCAUUCCCAAGGAGUGUCUGAAAAUCAUUUCAAAACCAAAACAAAGUUCGCUGCAACCAUGAUAAGUAAUUGUGACGAUGAUGCAAGAAGGUAUAAAAUAAUCAGGGAAUUAAAAAGAUACGUUGACAUCGAUGAAUUUGGGGAUUGUUCCGGAAAUGUGAUAUGUCAAUACCGGAAAUCCCCGAACGAAUGUAAGCAACUCUACGAGUAUAAAUUCUAUUUAGCUUUUGAAAAUAGUUUCUGUAGGGACUACGUUUCUGAGAAAUUUUGGUUGACAUUUGAUAGAGGGCAGAUCCCAAUAAUUGCCGCACCGAAAUACAAUGUAGAGAUGUUGCCUCCAAAGUCUUACCUAAAUGUGUUCGAUUACAAUAGUAUUCAGGAACUAGCAGACGAGAUGGUCAAGGUCGGAGAAAAUGAAACGCUUUAUAACAGUUAUUUUAAUUGGAUGAACAUUUAUAAGCGUGAGAAGAAAUCCAUAUAUUGCAGAUUAUGUGAAGAACUUUAUGCCAAUAGAACAGCACAAAAUUAUGUUGACAUAGAUGAAUGGAUCAAUGAUGAUAUUUGUGAAAAACAGACGGUAAGUUUUUAG